AUGGCGCCAGGUAAAGGAUUACUUAUUCUUUUCUACUCUAUUAAGGUCCUCAACCUUCAACUGAAAGGUGCUUCCAAGAGUUUCAUGGCAGAAUGCAAUGCACUAAGAAAUAUCCGGCACAUGAAUCUUGUGAAAAUCUUAACAUGUUGCUCCAGCACAGAUUACAAUGGUAAUGACUUCAAAGCUCUAGUUUUUGAGUAUAUGUUAAAUGGAAGUCUAGAGGAGUGGCUGCACAGAGAAAACCAAUCUAGGAGCUUGAAUCUUCUUCAAAGAUUGAAUAUUGCUGUUGAUGUGGCGUCUGCGUUGUGUUAUCUUCAUGACCAUUGUGAACCACAAAUCAUUCACUGCGACAUGAAGCCGAGCAAUGUUCUUCUUGACGAUGACAUGGUUGCUCGUGUGGGUGAUUUUGGGUUAGCGAGACUCAUCUCAACGACCGCAGACUCCUUUGACGAUCAAAGUAGCACAGUCGGGAUAAAGGGAACCAUUGGCUAUGUUGCUCCAGAGUAUGCAGUUGGUGUUGAGCCAUCAAAACAAGGGGAUGUUUUUAGUUAUGGGAUCCUUGUGUUGCAAUUGUUCACGGGAAGAAGACCUACCGAUGAAAUGUUUGUAGACGGUUGCACUAUCCAUACUUUUGUGAAGACGGCCAUACAAGGAAGACUUAUGCAAAUUGUGGAUCCUACUCUUAUUGUCACUCUAGAAGAGACUGCAACUUUAACAACAAACAAUGAAGUGACCAGCAUCUGUGGUUACAACAAUGAAAUCGAAGCAGAUGAAGACAACAUUGACAAUGAGAAUUUAAGCAAGAUGAACACUUACGUGUGGAAGUGCAUACUUCCAACCCUUAAGAUUGGACUUGCAUGCUCGGAAGAAUCACCAAGGAAUAGGAUGUCUAUGGAGGAGGUCCACAGGGAGCUACACCAUAUUAAAAAUGCUUACACUAGUGUUGACAGCCGUCGAGAGAGGCCAAGAAGAAGCUAAUUAAACAAGAGUAUGGCAUGGGAAGCUAGGUGUCAAUAUUCUCUGAGUUGUACUACUGGAGACAUCUACAUGCGAGAUAAUAUUCUGAUAGUGUGGAAGAAAUAAGUAGUAGCUACUAUAAAUUGUGAGUGCAGGCUAUGAGUUGUUUAUUGUGUAGAUUUCUCCUAAAAAUCGAUCGAGACUAGCAAUGUUGUAGCUUAAUUAUGUGUAAUAAGUGAUGCGUGUAAUCCAAUUGGGUUUGUGAGAAUUCUCAGAAAAGGUAAACCAUUGUAACUAUAAUUUUGUUUUGCGUAAAUGGAAACUUAGUUCAG